UUGAUACAUUUUUCUUCUUGCCAUCUUCGCUCUUUCUGCACGUUCUUCUUCAGAGAUACAGAGAGAGAAAGAGAGACGAAGAAGACGAAGACGAAGAAAGACGAAACUUGAAAGAGAAAUUGGUAGCUCAGUUGAUGGAGUCAACUUCCUUCGUUCUUUUUCUUCUCCUUCUUCUAACUACUGUAUUCUACUCUUCACCUGUCUUUGCCGGAGAUAUAGUCCAUCAAGACGAUGUUGCUCCUAAGAAGCCAGGCUGCGAUAACGACUUUGUUCUGGUGAAAGUUCAAACAUAUAUUAAUGGCAUAGAGGAUCUUGAGUUUGUGGGUGUUGGUGCUCGAUUUGGCCCAAUACUAGAGUCGAAAGAGAAGAAUGCUAACCACACUAAACUUACCAUGGCAGAUCCUCCAGAUUGUUGUAGUGAAUUCAAACAUCGGCUCAUGGGAGAGGUGAUUUUGGUUCAUCGGGGUAACUGUAGUUUCACAACUAAGGCAAAUUUUGCAGAUGCUGCUGGUGCUUCGGCUAUCAUCAUCAUAAACAAUCAAACAGAACUUUUCAAGAUGGUAUGUGAAGCCAAUGAGACUGAUGUGAGUAUUAGCAUACCUACUAUCAUGCUUCCACAAGAUGCUGGUGCUGUUCUGGAAAAGAAUGUAAACAACUCCAUUGUUUCUGUCCAGCUGUACUCUCCAGGACGGCCUCCAGUUGACAUUGCUGAAGUAUUUCUUUGGCUUAUGGCUGUUGGUAUAAUAUUAUGUGCAUCUUAUUGGUCUGCAUGGAGUGCCAGAGAAGCAGCUACUGAGCAAGAUAAGCUCCUAAAGGAUGCAUCUGAAGACUAUUUAGACACUGAGAACACUGGUUUUGGUGGAUCAGUCGACAUCAGCACCACAUCAGCUGUUUUGUUUGUUGUGAUUGCUUCAUGUUUCUUGAUUCUGCUGUAUGAGUUUAUGUCAAUUUGGUUCAUUGAUAUUCUGGUGGGUUUGUUUUGCAUUGGUGGGAUAGAGGGCCUUCAAACUUGUUUAGUAGCUUUGCUGUCAAGUUUCGGACAGUUCGAACAUGCUUCUGGAUCUUUUGUGAAAGUACCUUUCUUUGGAGCAGUCUCACAUUUGACGCUUGGUAUAUCUCCAUUUUGCAUAGCUUUUGCUGUGGUCUGGGCUGUUUUUCGCCAUCACUCAUUUGCGUGGAUUGGACAAGAUAUCCUUGGGAUUGCUCUGAUAAUCACAGUUCUCCAGAUCGUACGAGUCCCUAAUCUAAAGGUCGGAACAGUUCUUCUCAGUUGUGCUUUCAUAUAUGACAUAUUUUGGGUCUUUGCCUCCAAAUGGUGGUUCGAUGAGAGCGUGAUGAUAGUGGUUGCUCGUGGAGAUAAGAGUGGAGAAGAUGGUAUUCCGAUGUUGCUCAAAAUCCCAAGGAUGUUUGAUCCUUGGGGUGGCUAUAGCAUCAUUGGAUUUGGGGACAUUAUUUUGCCUGGACUACUAAUAACAUUCUCACUAAGGUAUGAUUGGUUAUCAAAGAAGAAUCUCAGAACCGGAUACUUUAUCUGGGCAAUUGUUGCAUAUGGAUUAGGACUCCUGGUCACAUAUAUAGCUCUCAACAUGAUGGAUGGACACGGUCAACCAGCCCUUCUCUACAUUGUGCCCUUCACAUUAGGCACUUUCUUAACACUGGGAAGAAAGAGAGGGGAUCUCAAGGAUCUAUGGAGUAGAGGAGAACCAGAAAGGCCUUGCCCACACAAGAUAUUUGAAGAAUCCUCUGAAUGACAAGGAAUUAAUCAGCUGUAAAGAAUCACACGACAUUGCCCAUCAGUCAUAUUGGUAAAAUAAUAGUUUGUGAGUAGAAACCAUCUUUUGUUGUAUAUUUUUGUAUUCCACAAGAAAGAAGAUCGGGGUUUACCCCCUUUAGUCUCGUGAUUAUAUUGAGUUACUAUUAUAUGUUAUUAAUGUAAAACACUAUAGAUUGUUACCCU